ACAGUAUCUCGGACGUUAUUUCUACUUCACGCGGUAUCUCGGUCAUUAUUUCUACUUCACACGGUAUCUCGGACAUUACUUCUAUUUCACACGGUAUCUCGGUCAUUAUUUCUAUCUUACACGGUAUCUCAGUCAUUAUUUCUAUUUCACACGGUAUCUCGGACGUUAUUUCUAUUUCACACAGUAUCUCGGACGUUAUUUCUAUUUCACACGGUAUCUCGGACGUUAUUUCUACUUCACGCGAUAUCUCGGUCAUUAUUUCUACUUCACGCGGUAUCUGGGACAUUAUUUCUACUUCGCACGGUAUCUCGGUCAUUAUUUCUACUUCGCACGGUAUCUCGGACGUUAUUUCUAUUUCGCACGGUAUCUCGGUCAUUAUUUCUACUUCACACGGUAUCUCGGACAUUAUUUCUAUUUCACACAGUAAUAGAUUAUUUCUAUCUGACACGGUAACCCAUAGACAUUAUUUCUAUUUCACACAGUAACCCCUUGACAUUAUUUUCAUUACGUCCUGCUUCUUUGGGCUGAGGUCCUGGAGAGAGAACUGAUGCUCUAUACGGCCAGAAAAUAUAUGUGGACACUUGACCAUUACACCCAUAUGUGCUUGUUAAACAUCCCGUUCCAGAUCGAUUCCCUCCUUUGCUGUUAUAGUAAGCUCCAAUUUUCUGGGAAGGCUUUCCACUAGAUUUUGGAGCGUGGCUGUGGGGAUUUGUGCUCAUUUAGCCAUAAGAGCUUUAGUGACAUCAAGUACUGAUGUUGGAUGAUGAGGCCUGGGGUGUAUUACAGUGGGGUUGACAUCACAGCUCUUUGACGUCUUCAUGGAGCUCGCUUUGUGUACAGGGGCAUUGUCCUGCUGGAGCAGGGGGUUUUUUUUUCUUCUUUUUUAGUAAUAUAAUAUAUAGUGUACACUUCAAAACACAGGUCAUAUUGAGGUCUGUUGAGUUUCUGACAGAAAUCUGCUCUGAACAUGUUUAGCAUUAGAUUUCCCAAGAGCAUUUAAAGUGCACCUAUUAUGGUUUCUCAAAUAUCACCUUUCAUGUAGUGCACGACGAACGGAGCUAUCGACUCCCAGAAGACGGAGCCGAUUCGGCUGAAACGACUCGUUAGUCAUUUCAGACGUUACUUCCUGUCCUAACCUAGGUAGGUUUGUAAAAAAAGCUCCACCUCUGGUCUACAUCGGCUGCUCGCUGACAGAUGGAGCUGAAACUGAUACUCGUUACACUUGACAGCGGUAGAUCAAUCACAACAGACUCUGACAUCUGACCAAUCAGAGCAGAGUAUGCUCUCUGAAAGGAGGAGUUUCGAAUGAAUCCUAUAGAACACUGGGGGAAAACCAGGAAAUGCUGCAAUUUAAAUUAUAAGCACAUUAAAGUUUUUUGUUUUGUUUUGUUUUUGUUUUUUUUUUACCUUGAAUGCAUGUAAAUCUAUUGUAUAAGACCUUUAAAACAAAAUUAUGCACGUUUCAAAAACCAUAAAAGAAAAGCCACUUCCUGCAUUCGAGUGCAGCUCGUGGCUGAGCCGUGUGAUUUGCUCGCUUUAUGGCCCCUUUGGCCUUCCAUCCACAACUCAAGGAGAGGCGACGUGAUUCUUGUGUGUGUGGGGUUUUUUUUUCUUUUUUUUCUUUUUCUUUCCAAGGAGAGCUCCAUUACGCGUUCAGUUCUCCGAGAGAAAUCUGAAUGGUGCUCGUCCUGAUCUGAUCGCACUGUAUGCGGAAAGGGAGGGGAAUACACGGACAAAACAAGGCAGGUGAAAGAAAGCAGACUUUAAUCAGGUGCACGGAGAGGAGGGAUGAAAUCACGCCGUUAAUAUGAUGCGCUUUCUGCUGGACUGCCUGAGGCCGGGACGUCAGCGCGCGGGCUGCGGCAGAGAAAACUCAGUGGAAAUACCAACGAAAGAGAGAGACCCUGGCAAUGAAAAUGAACUCAAGGAUAUGGAGGACGUGGUGGCGAUGGAGGAAGGGGCUCUGCAGAGAGACAGGGCUCAAUGCCGGGACAGCCAGCAGGACCUCGAGAGCCUGGCCAAGAGGAGAGCACAGCUGAAGGAGGAAAUCGAACGCAUCCAAGAGCAGCGCAAGCAGGAAGGCCAGCUGCUCCUGUCUCUGCAGGAGGAGCAGGAGGAACUGGAGCAGAGAGUGCAGGAAUACGACGGCGAGCUGAAGAGAGCUAAAGAGGAGCUGCAGCGGCUCCAGGAGGAGAUCAGCAGCACCAGAGCGCGGGUGGAGGAGGUGCACGGCCGCAUCGGCCCGCUCAAACACUGCAUCGGAGAAACGUACACAGAGAUCACUGAGGCUAAACAGAGACUAGGUGAACUGAUUACUGAGAUGAUAGCCAUCGAGACGUGUGCUCCUGAGAUCACGUCCCAGCAGGCGACGGAAAGCUUAAACGUGACUGCAAACAGCAGUUCCAGAGAGGAAGACGAGGAUGCCGAAGUGCACUGCCGUCUUGACGAAAAAGCACUCAAACAUUGCAGUGUGGAGAACGAGCCUUCUGAGCAGGAACACGAAGACGGCCCUGAGAAACUGCAGCGCUCUGCUGAGAACUUGAAGAGCAGUGGUUCAUCUUCAUUCACUGAGAUCACUUUGACGGAGUUUAAAGAAGAGGAUGCGUCACCCAGAUCAAUAACUUCACAGCACACAGGCUCUGCUGAUCUGGAAGAAGAGGAUUUUGAAAUCGUCCAAUCCCUCAUGUCCAAACCGGUUAAUCAGACUGCUAGCAAGGAGUUUGACUUCUUCCACCCAGACCCUUUUGUUGAUUAUGAUGUGUUUGGAGAUGAACGCUUUCCAAAAGUGGAUAUGACAGAAUUCCUAUCUGGUGAUCCAUUCAAAGGAAGCGACCCCUUUGCUUGUGAUAACCUGUUCAGUGAUGUAGCAAACAGCCCGUUUCCUCAGGAUUCUCCCAUCAGUGAAGAAGGCAAUGCUAAGGAAUCCAACCCUUUGACCUUGAGUCCUGAAUCUGCUAGUAAAGAAGACCCUGCCGAUAUCUCAAAUGUUGCCCAUAUUCCAGCUGGUUCUAAAUGCAGUCAGUCCAUUGACUCUGGGAUGUUUGAACAAAACAUCCCCGAGCUUGCUGAGUCCGAUCAACACGUGUCAUACACUGACGUCUGUCCUCAGGUUGGAAUCGAAAUCACAGUGACCCAAGAUCUCGACACCAUAGGAAACGAGUUGGAUCUGCCUGCAAGCCCCAAGAUUGAAGAUGGAGGACAUUUUGACCCUAUUGUUUGCGAACAUAAUGACAUUCAGGACUCUGAGUCCAGUUCGACAGUUGAAAGCUCCUUUGAUGGAGAUUUUGGCAUAGCUGAAGAUCAUCCAGAGGAGGAGCCAGAAGUUGAGGCAGGACCCAGUUAUGUUAAAAGGAAUCAAGCGCUGUACGGACUUCAGCGGAUUGAUACAAGCUCAUACACUGGUUUUCCUCUCAGUCCUGACGCGUAUGAUCCGGAGCCGUUUCCUGUCAGCAGUGACGUAGACGAGAAGCCAUCGUCGUUCAGUUCUGAUCACAAUACUGUCACUGAAAUAAAGCCUGAGAUGGAAUUAAUUGAAGACACUGCAAAUGUGUCCCCUCAUAUUGAUCCUGGUAGUCCUAGCCCUCCCAAUCAAGAGAUACAUGAUGUGAAGUGUGAGCCUUGCUCUCUUGAGCUAAAAGAAGAUCAUUUCAGUAAUACAAAUGACGCAACCCAUAAUGAAGAACCCUCUGACUCAGACGACCACAAAUUUGGAGAUAUCUAUUUCUUCACAGUCCGGUUAGACCCUGGUAGUUCUGACACUAGCCCUGUUUCUCCUGAAGUAAGUGAGAAAAAGAAAUCGGAGGCUGAACACGCGAGUCCUGGAUCCGUUGACAUGGAUGAAUUUGACUAUGCUGCUCCAGAGGAUGAGAACCCUAAGCAGUGUAGUUUCAAAGAUUAUCCAGAGGAAAGCUUUGACAGAGAAGCCGAGGUCAGAUCCGAACAACCCUCCAUCAGUCCUGAAACAAAUGAACCUACUGAAUCUGAGGCAGAAGAUUCACAAUCAAGCCCCGUUUCUCCUGAAGUAAGUGAGAAAAAGAAAUCGGAAGCUGAACACGCGAGUCCUGGAUCUGUUGACAUGGAUGAAUUUGACUAUGCUGCUCCAGAGGAUGAGGACCUUAAGCAGUGUAGCUUCGAAGAUUAUCCAGAGGAAAGCUUUGACAGAGAAGAAGCCGAGGUCAGAACAGAACAACCCUCCAUCAGUCCUGAACCAAAUGAACCUAUUGAAUCUGAGGCGGAAGAUCCACAUUCAAGCCCUGUUUCUCCUGAAGUAAGUGAGAAAAAGAAAUCAGAAGCUGAACACGCGAGUCCUGAAUUUGUUGACAUGGAUGAAUUUGACUAUGCUGCUCCAGAGGAUGAGGACCUUAAGCAGUGUAGUUUCGAAGAUUACCCAGAGGAAAGCUUUGACAGAGAAGAAGCCGAGGUCAGAUCCGAACAACCCUCCAUCAGUCCUGAACCAAAUGAACCUAUUGAGUCUGAGGCAAAAGAUCCACAUUCAAGCCCUGUUUCUCCUGAAGCUAAAGACCAAAGUCCUGGCCUUGACCACUUUGAAUGCAAUAUAUUUGAUUUAGAGUGCAACAGUGUAUUUAAUCCCCAAUCUGAAAAUAAAGAAAACGCUGACCUAGAUAGUAGUGUGGAUACAAAUUCAGAGAGCUGUAAUGCAGAGCCUGUAGUUCAGUACCUCAUUAGCCCUGUCUCUGGUGACACUGGGAUGUUCGCGACCGAUGGUUACAAGCUUUGUGCUCGCAACCCAUUCAGCUUUGAUGUUGGAAGCAUAGAUUACUGUGAGAACACUGAAAUGAAUCCUGAGCCUCCUAACUCUGAAACUUGCGUUAUAAAUGAAUCUGGCUCAUCUGAGACAAGUCUCCAAAGUUUGGUCCUACUUGAUCCAGUACUCAUAGGUAACCCAAUACAUGCAUUUGAAGCCAAAAAUCCAAACACUGACAGCGGAAGACUAGAUUCUGGGUAUCAUGAAUUUAGUGGACUGGAUCCUUUCAGUCCCGCACCUACAGAUUCACGUCCAGAGUCUACAGAACUGGGUCCAGGCUCUGUAACUGAAAAUCUACAGAUAGUGGUGCCCAAUCCCAUAAAUUUGGAUGUACAGGUUUCAGAUCCCUUUAGCCCUGAGUCCAGUGAUACAACAAUAUUUGAUUCUGAACCUGAAAUCUGUAACCCUGCGACCAACGAUGGAAUAACAAACGAUUCAGGUCUUGGGUGUACUGGUUCGUCUGAUGUGCUUGCCGAGUCCUUUAGCGGAUCUGAAUUCGACAGUUUUGACCCCUUCAGUCCGAUGCCGCAUCUUACAGGAAGCAAUUACGCUCACUCCAACAUGGAUAUCCUUGUCCCUGGAUCUGUCCAAGAUGAUUCCAGAUCUUAUGGAGAUUACAGAUCCAGUAGCUGGGACUCCGGAGUUAGUCAGUCUCCUCAACUACACUGUGAUUCUGCACCAAACAGAGCAGAUCCCCUCCUACCACUUGAGGCUAACCUGGUCAGCCCUGAUACCCAAAGCUUAAGCUAUUCAUCCAGUUACUCAACAACAGACUUUAUUUUCCAGUCCGAUUCCAGUACCUUUACCGAUGUUGGCUCUUUUUCACCCAAAGUUGAGAAAAUAACCGUACAGGACAAAAAUUCCACAGUAAGUGUCACAGCCAUGGAAGACCUCGCCGAAAUCGAUUUCUUCUGCUCUGAGCUCAGCAAAAUGGUGGCCUCACGUUCCUCUGAUUCCGUUCAGCAAAGUGUCACUGAAAUGCUUUUUGGCUCUAAUCCAGACACUGCCAAGUUCUAUCCAUGGGAUUUGGAAAACAGCAGCACUGAUAUUAAAGAGACCUCAAGUCCAGAAGUUGAUUUCGGCCAUACGCCGGACGAGGCCGAGAAACCUAGCUUGCUAUGAUGACGGGACACUCCUAAAAAUUCCAUAGACCAAUGUAGUACUUUUAGAGAAACUCCUUGAGUUUUCUGUUAGGAAUCUGAGCUCAUGCUUCCAGGAAAUGACAUCAUCAACGACUGAACAUUACUUUGAACAUGCAUAUCAUAUGACACCAGAGGAUUACCUACAGUAGCAAGGACAACAUUACCUAUCUAUAUGGAGGUGCUUCGAAGCCAGAAGAUUACCGAGCCCUGAAACAUUAGUUAUGGAAUCUCCCUAGAAAUAAGUAGCAUACUUGACCUUUAUGACCUUUUUAACCCUUUUAGAAAGAAGGUAUCCUCCAUUUUAGAAGUAGCCUGUAUCUGAUGGCCUGCAAAUCCUUGUAAAGGCAGAUGGACAGUUUAAGUAGCACCACUGUGUCACAUUGUACCUCCAUUUUUAUUUUUGAAAGAAUACCAUGGCUUGAUGUAACAAGCAUGCUACGUUGUCCUUCCCAGCUUCUUGGGUUAUUUCAGGGGUGUAUAACGUAUGCCUUUAUUCAUACAUCUGUACAAACCUGACUUGUUUAACAGGGUUUAUUUCAAAAUAGAGCGAGAGAUAUGAUACAACUGACUGAAAGUUCUCACAUUGAAUACCUCCAGUACAGUGCUGCAUGAAUCAAGUGUUCUUAAGGAGUGUAUGUGGAGAUUAUUAAUUCAUCCACUGGCUACUUUUAGAAAUUCCAUUGAAUUUAGCAGUGUUUGCAUCUAGUGAGUGAGUCUGGUAAACAAGUCGUUACAUUUGUAUGGCCUACACUACUUACUAUCUUGAUCAUACUAAGUAGCAUUUUAUACAGAGUUCUGUUCUUCAUUUUCACACAGCAUCACAAAUCAUCGUAUAAGAGCUCUGCUUGUUCAGGCCUUGGAAUCUGCAAUACUAAUCAAUAUAUAGAGAAUUGCCAAUGUUUUAUAAGCAAUUCAUAACACACAUAUGAAAUUAUAUAUAAUUACAUGUUCAGCCUAAUGUAACUACUACAAAUCCACACCAAUGGAGAUUUUAAGCAACUGCUGAAACACUAAUUAUGUCACGUGUGUGUGUACGCCUGUACUAGAUGUCUGUCUGUUCUUGUGUGCAAAGUGUUUUAUCAUUGGCAUCAAAACAUUCAUUUGUUAAAAAUAAAUGAAUAUAUAAUGCAGUAAAAGUUUUAAAACAGCUGUACUUGUCAG